UAUUGACACUUUCUUUUUAUAGCAUUUUAAUCAUGUAUUUUUAAGAAAGUACUAUUGUUCUGUCCAAGUGCGUGUGUGUCUUUGUUUCUUGCCUUUUGACAUUGUCGCUUUGAUCAUAGCGAUGUCCCAGUCGCGGAACCGUCGACCGUCGAAGCCACGUGAGCCGGCGAGGAAGCCCCCAGCCGACUAUAUGACCAACAAUGCUAAGGAAAAUGGUGGAAAUAAGGAUACAUGUAAAAUACCGAAAAAUAUCCGUUACGAUUUGGAAAAUGCUCUACUCGGGCUUUGUGACGUUUGGUUCGAGGAGAUUAAACCGCACCUAGUGAAGAACAACUUAAAGCUUCACACGGGUGGCGCUCUGAACGAAAACGGCUACAGCGAGCUGGAGCCGGCGAGGGAGCCGCGGAGAGACGGCCGCACCCAGAUAGACCCAGGUGCUGCCUCUGAUACUUGCCGUCGGCCGGCGACCAGCUCCAGAACCUACUCGCCAACGCAGCCCGCAGCAUCGAAAGCGCCGUGUCCCAAGCCGCCCAUGCGAACCUGCCCAACAAGUCCGACCAAUCUUCGUAAAUUACUGCAGUUGCCCGAAGAUAAAAAUAUGCAGCCACACGUUCGGAGAGUCAACUCCCGUGAACACUCACCACCCAUAUUCCCUAAGAACUAUCCACGGAAUGUACACGAGUCAUCAAAACUGUGGAAGCAGCCACUCGUUCAGAAAACACCCUUGCAGAGCUCGCCAGCGCCUUUGACCCAAACCGGCAAAACCUAUCAACGGAUCGUCCCAAAUUCAUCGAAACGGAAUACGCCCCAGCGGGGAUCAUUGCUACCUGCGAAACAAAUAAAUCAACCAAACAUCCGCAAAUCACCAAAACAGCUUGUCGUUCAGGAGGCGCCGCCACAGAGACUAAUGCCUUUGGCACAAACCUAUCAUCUGAAUAUUCGCUACCCAGCAGAACGGGCAGAACAGAACACAAAUUAUAAUGCAAGCAGCAAUCGAAAAAAAAGAAAAAGUGUGAGAAUACAUAGAACGACGCAGAUUCCCUUAUCGUCAGACCCGCCUCCAAAGCGUGUUGCGCGCCCUUGUUGCACCGCCUGCGCCUUAGCCAAGGCCCAAACUACGCCCAUUCCGAAACAGGCCCGUGCCGCCGGACUAUGCCCAGUUCAACUUCGUCCUGCUAAAUAUACUCCAACUAAACCGCCUAACAAUAAGACUGUUAAUUUUUCACGCUGGCCGGCACCCGAGUCUAAAUUCCCACAUAACAUUCCCACACGAGAUUGUGCUGUUUUCACCGACUUGCCCUUCUGUCCCACAAGUUUUUCACCAGCUGGCGACGUACCGCCGUCUCUAGUUGCUGACUAUCCCUCUUCUGCGGAUAAUAAAACCCUGAAACCUAGCAGAAAUCCGACAUAUGACUAUGCUGGUACUGCGAUAUCUCCGUCACGUUUUAGGAAAAGGUCUCCUUUCUCGCUUCAUGGUGCUCGUUUAUUACCGUCUCCACUCCACGCUAAAUGUCUCGCGCCCCCCGAACACUCCAUUGCACCGCCACGAGAAAGUCAACCCGUCUCAACAACUUUAUCACCGGCACCUUCUACUGAUGAGACGUGGUUCCUUCGAGUUUUUAAGGAAUACACGAGAUCCGAAAAUCAAACAAAAUCACCAAUAAAGGAGCAUACACUACCGUGUCCUGAUACAAAAUCCAGCAGGCGUACCAUCCCCAUUCAUAAUGAAAACAAUUUGCUAUUGGAAGAUAAAAGCCCGUUAUUCUCUAAGGAUUUAGUAGAUUUAAUAGGAAAUAAGAAUGACGAGAGAUUGAGAGUGCUGUAUGAGAAUCCAUUACGGCUGGAGUCGCAACCAUCAGUAAUGUGUUUGGCGGGGUCUCGGAAAAAAAGAAUAAAAUCCACACCUAAGAAAAUGCCUUGGAGGUAAGGUUCGUGUACUAAAGGUGGCUGUAAUUAAGCAAAUUUGUCCAUCUGUGACGUUACAUGAGUCCAAACUAAUCAGUUUAUUAUUGGUGUCCGUAAAUUAGACACAAAGUUUAAUUUGUACGCCAAUUCUCAAGUUGUAUUCGUACCUAAAGGUGCGCAUCAGAAUGACUUUUGUUUAAAAGCAAAAUAUAAAUCGUGAAGGUGCGUAUAGCAUUUAUAUUUGUUUUUAUUUUGUUGUUAAGUACUCUAAAUAUUAUUAAUAAUACAUGUAAAAUAUGUAAUAAAUAUAAUAUUCUA